CGUCCGAACGCCCGCCGACAGAUCCGGUGCUGGAUUUUCCGCAUCUUGUUGGGAAGAGGCUUCAGGGUGAGCGUGUUCACCUCGUAUGACCACAGAUAGUGAGCCGGACAGUCUCUGAAGUCGGGCAAAGAAGAGGGAUGGAAAACGGUUCGUCCAUUACCGGUGACAGCGAGCUGGACCAGGCUGUCAGGCAGUGGCUGCAGUAUGACAAGAACGUCAAAACAGCAUCUAUGGUGCAGGACCUGGUGAAGGAGGGAGCAGUGGAGGCUCUGAAAAAAUGUUUCUCCUCCAGGAUGGAGUUUGGUACAGCAGGUCUGAGAGCAGCCAUGGGCCCCGGCAUUUCCUGUAUGAAUGACCUCACCAUCAUCCAGACCACACAGGGUUUCUGUUGCUACCUGGAGGCAAGUUUUGGGAACCUAAAGGAGAGGGGGGUGGUGAUUGGUUAUGAUGCCCGGGCGCACCCUCCCAGUGGGGGCAGCAGCAAGCGUUUUGCCAGCCUGGCUGCAGCUGUUUUCAUCAGCCGAGGGGUUCCUGUCCACCUCUUCUCUGACAUCACCCCUACACCGUUUGUGCCUUUCACAGUUUCCCACCUGGGUCUGUGUGCUGGUAUCAUGGUAACUGCCUCUCACAACCCCAAACAGGACAACGGCUACAAGGUUUACUGGGAGAAUGGUGCCCAGAUUGUUUCUCCUCAUGACAAAGGAAUUUCCAAGGCCAUAGAGGACAACCUGGAGCCUUGGCCUGAGUCCUGGAAUGCAGAGGAGGCUCUGAAGAGCCCCUUGCUCAAAGACCCCUUCCAGGACAUCCACACGCAAUACUUUAAAGCCAUCCAGAAACACUGCCAUCACAGGGACAUAAACAAGAGUUCAGAGGUGAAAAUUGUGCAUACAUCUGUGCACGGUGUUGGCCAUGCGUUUGUCCAGUCAGCUUUCAAGGCAUUUGACCUUCACCCUCCAUACGCUGUAGAGGAACAGAAAGAUCCAGACCCCGAAUUCCCCACCGUCAAAUAUCCCAAUCCUGAGGAGGGAGAGGGAGUCCUGACAUUGUCGUUUGCACUGGCAGAGAGGGAGGGAGCCUCUGUGGUUCUGGCGAAUGAUCCGGAUGCUGAUCGACUUGCCAUUGCCGAGAAGCAGGAGAGUGGACAGUGGCGAGUGUUCAGUGGUAAUGAGUUGGGAGCGUUGCUUGGUUGGUGGAUGUUCCGCUGCUGGAAACAGCAAAACUCUGACGCUGCUGCUGUGAAAAACCUCUACAUGCUGUCGAGCACUGUCUCAUCCAAGAUACUGCGUGCCAUCGCUCUGAAGGAGGGCUUCCACUUUGAGGAAACAUUAACAGGCUUCAAGUGGAUGGGGAACAGAGCCAGAGACCUUUUGGACCAGGGCAAGACUGUUCUCUUUGCCUUUGAGGAGGCCAUAGGGUAUAUGUGUAGUCCCUCUGUAUUGGACAAGGAUGGAGUGAGUGCUGCAGCUAUAGCAGGAGAGAUGAUUUCCUAUCUGGCCACAAAAAACACCAGCCUGUCCCAACAGCUCUCUACAAUCUAUGAACAGUAUGGUUACCACAUCAGUAAGAACUCCUACUUCAUCUGCCAUGACCAGGAUGUGAUCCGCAGCUUGUUCGAGCGCCUGCGCAACUUCGGUGGCCAGAAGGACUCUUAUCCCACCGAAUGUGGCCGCUUCUCCAUCUCUGCUGUACGAGACCUGACCACCGGCUACGACAGCAACCAACCUGACAAGAAAGCUGUUCUUCCCACCUCCAGUUCCAGUCAGAUGAUCACCUUUACCUUCUCUAACGGGGGUGUGGCCACAAUGAGAACCAGUGGCACAGAGCCAAAAAUCAAAUAUUACACUGAACUCUGUGCUGCUCCUGGUAACAGUGAUGUGGCACAGCUGAAGAAGGAACUGGACGACUUGGUUGAUGCCAUCAUUGAAAACUUCUUCGAGCCACAGAAGAAUAAGCUGCAGCCUAAGCCAGAGUAGCACUGAUUAGACAAACAGGACUAGUUGUGGCUAAUAUCUCUGACCAGCAUUUCACACAAUGUCUUAAUUACUCCAGAAGGGAUGCUUGUUUUAAUACUGGUUUAAUUUCAUUUUAUAACUACAUAAAUUACUGUUCUACCACUGUUUUUUUUUUUUUGCUAGUUGGACCAGUAAGAGGGCUGGAUGCCAUACUGUUGCCUUCUGAUGAAUCUGUUUUAAUUUUAAUAAUCUGCAAAGUUAAUAACAGCUGCUAACCUUGUUAAGCCAUUGCUACGUUUUUGGGUCCAGUGCCAGUGUUACAUCCAGCAGUCGUCACAGCUACAUGAUUUGUAUUCCGUUUAUCAUUCUGCAGCCACAAUCAUUCCUGCUUCCUGACGGAGUGUUAGAUACACAGAUUGCUGUAUGUUCACUUGUAUUUAAGAUUAUGCAUUCCACACUGUGCUUCAGCAUCAACUGCAAGGCUGCUAACGUGAAGAGUUACAGGAGAGUUUAGGUGAGAAUUGCUGAAAGUGAUAUUCCUACUGUAACUUAAAUGGAUGUAAACUCAGAUUAAACUUUGAAUGUGUAAUAUCUUAGUUAAUAGUGAGGUAUAACACUGAACGUGGCAGCAGAAUAUUUCUAUAUUGUUUUAAAUCAAUACCAGAUGUCCAGAACCUGGCAUUGCAAAGUUGCUAUUUGGUGAAAUGACCAAGCCAAAGAGCUUAGAGCACCACCAAGUGGCGAUAUCGCACAUUGAUUUGUAAAAUGCAUCCACCUGUCAUUACUUGCUAUGAAUGGUUGUUACAAGUCAAAGGGACUUCACCACAAAGUUAGUACACACCUCUAACAAGCUUUUACUCCCCAGUAUUUAUGCGAAGUUGCCUGACUUCUCUUGAAAUGUGAAAGUAGCAGCUCACCUUUCCUCGUGUGCCUGUAUUCUAAAAUACUGUUCUGAAAAGACCAUUUCACUCAAUAAAAAAACCUCUUCUAACAGUGCACAUGGAUGCAAAU